UCUGCCGCCGCCGCCGCCGCCGCUCGGGCCGGGAAGCGAUGUAGAGCUCCCAGGCCGUCCCCUGCCCUGCCCGGCCCCAGCCCCGGGGCCGCAGCCACCGCCGCCGCCAUGAAGAAACAGUUCAACCGUAUGAAGCAGCUGGCCAACCAGACCGUGGGCAGAGCUGAGAAAACAGAAGUCCUCAGUGAAGAUCUAUUACAGAUCGAGCGGCGCCUGGACACAGUGCGGUCAAUGUGCCACCAUUCCCACAAGCGCCUGAUAGCAUGCUUCCAAGGUCAGCAUGGCACCGACACGGAGAGGAGACAUAAAAAGCUCCCUCUCACAGCCCUGGCUCAGAACAUGCAGGAGGCAUCUGCCCAGUUAGAGGAGUCCCUGCUGGGGAAGAUGCUGGAGACGUGUGGAGAUGCGGAGAAUCAGCUGGCCCUUGAGCUCUCCCAGCAUGAAGUUUUUGUUGAAAAAGAGAUCGUAGAUCCUCUGUACGGCAUUGCAGAGGUCGAGAUUCCCAACAUCCAGAAGCAGAGAAAGCAGCUCGCAAAACUGGUGCUGGACUGGGACUCGGUGAGAGCCAGGUGGAACCAAGCUCACAAGUCUUCAGGAGCCAACUUUCAGGGGCUUCCAUCAAAAAUAGAUACCCUCAAGGAAGAGAUGGACGAAGCUGGAAAUAAAGUCGAGCAGUGCAAGGAUCAGCUCGCAGCAGACAUGUACAACUUCAUGGCCAGAGAAGGGGAGUACGGAAAAUUUUUCGUUACGUUAUUAGAAGCACAAGCAGAUUACCAUAGAAAAGCAUUAGCAGUCUUAGAAAAGGCCCUUCCCGAAAUGCGAGCCCAUCAAGAUAAGUGGGCAGAGAAGCCCGCCUUCGGGACACCUCUGGAAGAGCACCUGAAGCGCAGCGGGCGUGAGAUCGCGCUCCCCAUAGAGGCGUGUGUCAUGCUGCUCCUGGAGACGGGCAUGAAGGAGGAGGGUCUUUUCCGAAUUGGAGCCGGAGCCUCCAAGUUAAAGAAGCUGAAAGCUGCUUUAGACUGUUCUACUUCUCACCUGGAUGAGUUCUAUUCAGACCCCCACGCCGUCGCAGGUGCUUUGAAGUCCUAUUUGCGGGAAUUGCCUGAACCCUUGAUGACUUUUCAUCUCUACGAGGAAUGGACACAAGUUGCAAGCAUACAGGAUCCAGACAAAAAACUUCAAGAUUUAUGGAGAACAUGUCAGAAGUUGCCACCACAAAACUUUGUUAACUUUAGGUACCUAAUCAAGUUCCUCGCGAAGCUUGCUCAGACCAGCGACGCUAAUAAGAUGACUCCCAGCAACAUAGCCAUCGUGCUGGGCCCCAACUUACUGUGGGCCAAAAACGAAGGAACGCUGGCUGAGAUGGCAGCGGCCACCUCCGUCCACGUGGUCGCCGUGAUUGAGCCCAUCAUCCAGCAUGCUGACUGGUUCUUCCCUGGAGAAAUAGAAUUUAACGUAUCGGAAGCCUUUGUACCCCUCGCCACCCCGAAUUCUAAUCACUCAUCCCACACUGGAAAUGAUUUUGACUCUGGGACCCAGGAGAGAAAGCGGCCAGCCAGCAUGGCAGUGAUGGAAGGGGACCUGGUGAAGAAGGAGAGCUUUGGUGUGAAGCUUAUGGACUUCCAGGCUCACCGGCGCAGUGGCACUCUAAAUAGAAAGCACAUUUCCCCCGCUUUCCAGCCGCCACUCCCGCCCACAGAUGGCAGCGCCGCGGCUCCCGCAGGCCAAGAGCCCUCUACCCAGAGCUCUAGGGCUGAUGGCAGCUCAGGGUGUGGGACAGUCCCCUCCACUGCGGGCACACUGGAACAGGGCCCCAGCCCGGGCAACAGCAGUCCUCCAAAACCCAAGGACUCUGUAUCUGCAGCUGUCCCCGCACCUGGCAGAAACAGUAGUCAGAUCACCACCGGCCAAAACCAGACCCAGGCGAGUGGCGGCUCCCAUCAGCUGGCAGUGGGCCCACCGCACAGCGCCGCUGGCCCCAGCCCUCACACGCUGCGCCGGGCCGUGAAAAAGCCCGCCCCAGCGCCCCCCAAGCCCGGAAACCCGGCGCCCGCGCCCAGCCUCUCCCCGAAGCCGGGCCCCCGCAGCCCCUCGCCGCCGCCGCCCGCCCCGGCCGCGGCCCCCGGCCCGCGCCGCCCCUCCAGCGGCCCCGGCCCCAUCCAGGCGCCCAGCCACCCGCCGCCGCAGCCCCCGACGCCGGCGGCGCCCGAGCCCACGCCGCCGCAGACGCCCACGCCGCCCAGCACGCCGCCCCUCGGGAAGCCGCCGCCCGAGCCGCAGCCGCACGCCGGGACCCUCCCGAGGCCCCGGCCGGUGCCCCGGCCGCGGAACCGGCCCAGCGUGCCGCCGCCGCCGCAGCCCCCCGGGGGCGCGCACGGGGACCCCCGCGCCGCCGCCACCUCCUCCAAAGUCGUGACCGACACCAAUUCUAGGGUCUCCGAACCUCUUCGCCACGUCUUUCCGGAGCUGCCCUCAGAGUCAGCAAGCAGGGAGGUGCCCGGCCACAUCCUGCUGGCCAUAGACAACGACACAGAAAGCACAGCCCUGUGAGGGGCCGACCCCCCCCCCCGGCCUCCGCCCUCCACCCCAGGGGAGCCGCUUGCCUUCGAGACCAAACAGCGAAAAGCUUUGCAGUGCAGGAAGAGGGCCCCGGCCACACAGGAACUGGGCCUUCGCGGGGGCCCCAGGAGAGCACCGAGGCCAACACUUGAAGCUGGAUGACCUGUGCUAGCGUCUUGAAGAAGUUGGCUUUCUUUCCCCCAGGACAGAAAUCAUGCCAAAAAAAAAAAAAAAAACCCAAAAAACAACAAAAAGGACAUACAAAAAAAAAAAAUAUCCAAACCACAAAUACCUAAAGCGGAGAGUGUUACCACUCGGAAGUGCAUAGGAAGCUUUUGUCUGCGCUAUUUAAUGAAACAUGGAUUCUUCAGGCCACCUGCUUCCCCGCUACUCGGACUUCCAUACUCAUUGUAUCUGGAGGAGCCUCCUCUCUCCUUCGGAUUUGCUGCCCAAUCAUCUUUUGUAUUAAGUACGGUCUAUGUCUCCUCCUUCCAGCCCCCCACCUCCCCCCCCCCGCCCCCCCCAGCAGCCAUGAGUGCUGAGGGUGACAGCUGGAUCUGCCACCCUGCUGCAUUCCAGAGGACUCGGGCCUUGGAGAGUGCCAGAAUGUAGACAGAAAUGUACUGUGCUUUUUAAAAAAAAAAAGAAAAACAACAAAAACAAAAACCAAUCAUGUAAUUGCUACUUGAUAAGGACCGAAUGUUAUUCUUGGUUUCAUGUUUCAUUUGAAUUAAAUAUAUUCUGUGGUUUA